GCCUCCUCGCGCUCCGGUUCCGCCUACCCCCCACUUCCCCCCCACCCGCCGGUUCCUCUCCGUGCGCGUGAGGCUGCCGGAAUACCGCACGGAGGUCGCGCGUGCGCGUCCUAUAGGCAAAAGGGCUGCGGUAUUUUUUUUUUUUUUUUUUUUUUGCCAUUUUCUCUUCUAAAUCUUUCUUUUUUAUAAUUAUUAUUAUUACUAUUAUUAUUAGCAUUGCAUUUGUAUGAUAAGGUGUGUAAAAUGUCCUUGGAGCGAAUGGCCUGUCCGGCUUUCUGCUUCACUCUGCUGUUGUGUGUUUGUCCCCGAAUGCCCCAGUCACUUCACUUCUCAUCAGUGACCUGCAGGGAAAUGGAUGGGAACAAUGACUACCGCAUCUCAUGCUGACCUUUUCUGUGAAUAGAAGUUCAUUUUGAAUGGAGCUACAGUAUAUUGUACCUUAAAAUUAUCAGGCCAGGACGAAUGGACUGCUCUUCCUUCAGUAUGUAGAACCACCGCCAGAACUCUGGAGAUCUGGGUCAGCAGAAGAAGAUCACUCUAGACGGCUACACAGCGGUCCUCAGAUCAGAAAGCAUCAUGGGGGAAUCUGUAAAUAGCACCGUGGCGUUUCACCCCAAGAAGCAGAGGACUGACAGCGGAGGGCAUGAGGGUGAUUUUGGAGUUUCUUUGGAGGAACUGAGGAACUUGAUGGAGUUUAGAGGAGCAGAGGCGCUCCAUAAAAUACAGGAAAACUAUGGGAACACUGAAGGACUCUGUCACAGACUAAAAACUUCGCCAGCUGAUGGUUUACGGGACAUUCCCGCUGACCUGGAGAGGCGAUGGCAGGUUUUCGGACAAAACUUCAUCCCUCCGAAGAAGCCAAAGACGUUUCUUCAGUUAGUGUGGGAGGCUUUGCAGGAUGUCACACUCAUCAUCCUGGAGAUUGCAGCCAUCAUCUCACUCGGCCUGUCCUUCUAUCGACCGCCGGACGGAGAUAGCGAAGCUUGCGUGAGUGUGUUGGGAGGAGUGGAGGAUGAGGGCGAGGCCGAAGCCGGAUGGAUAGAGGGUGCUGCGAUCCUCCUGUCCGUGCUAUGUGUGGUUUUGGUCACCGCCUUCAACGACUGGAGUAAAGAGAAGCAAUUUCGCGGCCUUCAGAGCCGCAUUGAGCAGGAGCAGCGUUUCAGCGUCGUCCGAAACGGCGUUGUCGUCCAAAUUCCCGUCGCCGAGAUGGUGGUUGGGGACGUGGCCCAAGUCAAAUACGGCGAUCUUCUUCCUGCAGAUGGAGUUCUGAUUCAGGGAAACGACCUGAAGAUUGAUGAGAGCUCCCUCACAGGAGAGUCAGAUCACGUCCGGAAAGCUGUGGAUCGAGAUCCGAUGCUGCUGUCAGGCACACAUGUGAUGGAGGGAUCAGGGAAAAUGCUGGUGACCGCGGUUGGGAUCAACUCCCAAACCGGAAUCAUCUUCACCCUGCUUGGAGCCGGAGAGGUUGAAGAGGAAAAGAGAGAGAUCAAAAAAGCAGAGGUCAGUAGUAGCUCAUCCAUCCGGUUUUCUGGCAUUUCUACCAAAACGUGCAACGUUGUUAAUGGAAAACAAGAUGGCGCCCUGGAGAACAAUCAAAACAAAGGAAACAAACAGGACGAUGCCGUUGCCAUGGAAAUGCAGCCUCUGAAGAGUGCAGAGGGCGGCGAGAUGGAGGAAAAAGAGAAAAAGAAAUCAAGUGUUACCAAAAAAGAGAAAUCGGUGCUUCAGGGAAAACUCACCAAACUAGCUGUGCAGAUCGGAAAAGCAGGUUUGGUGAUGUCCGCGAUCACUGUGAUCAUCCUGAUGCUGUAUUUUGUGAUAAAGACGUUCAUCAUUCAGGGCCACUCGUGGCUCCCCGACUGCACCCCUAUAUAUGUCCAGUACUUUGUGAAGUUUUUUAUCAUUGGGGUGACCGUGUUGGUUGUAGCUGUGCCUGAAGGUUUGCCGCUUGCCGUUACCAUCUCACUUGCUUACUCUGUAAAGAAAAUGAUGAAGGACAACAAUCUGGUGCGCCAUCUGGACGCAUGCGAAACGAUGGGCAACGCCACUGCAAUCUGCUCGGACAAAACAGGAACGCUGACCACUAACCGCAUGACGGCUGUCCAGAUCUACAUAGGAGACCGACACCUGACGGAAAUCCUGGAGACGAAAUAUGUUGACACGUCCAUGCUAGAGCUGCUCACUAGUGCCAUCUCCAUCAACAGUGCAUACACCUCCAAGAUCACGGCAGCAGAGAAGGAAGGGGGUUUGCCUAAGCAGUUGGGGAAUAAGACAGAGUGUGCACUGCUGGGUCUCGUGUUGGAUCUGAAGCGUGAUUAUGAGUCCAUACGAGAGCAGGUUCCAGAAGAGAAACUCUUUAAGGUCUACACCUUCAACUCAGUCCGCAAGUCCAUGAGCACUGUCAUCCAGCUCCCGGACGGACACUUCCGCAUCUACAGCAAAGGGGCAUCUGAGAUCCUGCUCAAAAAGUGCUCCUUUGUUUUGUCUCAGGGCGGCUCAGCCCGUCCGUUCGGACCUCGAGAUCGUGAUGAAAUGGUGAAGAAGGUGAUCGAGCCAAUGGCAUGUGACGGGCUCCGUACCAUCUGUGUAGCUUAUCGUGACCUUCCAAGUGACCCGCUGCCGGAGUGGGACAAUGAGGCCGAGAUCAUCAACAACCUCAUCUGCAUCGCUGUGGUGGGAAUCGAGGAUCCAGUUCGGCCUGAGGUUCCAGAUGCUAUCAGGAAAUGCCAGAGAGCGGGAAUUACAGUGAGAAUGGUUACAGGCGAUAACAUCAACACAGCUCGCGCCAUCGCUGCUAAAUGCGGCAUCAUCAAUGUUGGAGACGACUUCCUGUGCAUGGAGGGGAAGGACUUCAACCGGCGAAUCAGGAACGAGAAAGGAGAGGUUGAGCAGGAGCGCAUCGACAAGAUCUGGCCCAAACUCCGAGUACUGGCUCGCUCAUCUCCUACAGACAAACAUACACUUGUCAAAGGUAUCAUAGACAGCACUAUAGGAGAACAGAGGCAGGUCGUGGCGGUGACCGGUGAUGGUACGAAUGAUGGCCCUGCGCUGAAGAAAGCUGAUGUCGGCUUCGCCAUGGGAAUUGCGGGGACAGACGUGGCAAAGGAAGCAUCGGACAUCAUUUUAACAGAUGAUAACUUCAGCAGCAUUGUGAAGGCGGUGAUGUGGGGUCGAAACGUUUACGACAGCAUCUCCAAAUUUCUGCAGUUUCAGCUCACGGUCAAUGUGGUGGCUGUUAUAGUGGCUUUUACUGGAGCCUGUAUUACACAGGACUCUCCUCUGAAAGCCGUGCAGAUGUUGUGGGUGAACUUGAUCAUGGACACGUUUGCAUCUUUAGCUCUGGCCACUGAGCCUCCCACAGAGUCUCUCUUGUUACGUAAACCUUAUGGCCGAAACAAACCACUCAUCUCCAGGACCAUGAUGAAGAAUAUCCUUGGACAUGCGGUGUAUCAGCUCAUCAUUAUCUUCACACUGCUCUUUGUUGGCGAAAAGAUAUUUGAUAUCGAUAACGGCCGUGAUGCUCCUCUCCACGCUCCUCCAUCUGAGCAUUACACCAUCAUCUUUAACACGUUCGUCCUCAUGCAACUCUUUAACGAGAUCAAUGCCCGCAAAAUCCACGGCGAGAGGAAUGUCUUCGAUGGCAUAUUUGCUAAUCCUAUCUUCUGCUCCAUCGUACUUGGCACAUUCGCUAUACAGAUCGUGAUUGUGCAGUUUGGAGGGAAGCCAUUUAGCUGUUCGCCCCUGAAUGUGGAGCAGUGGCUCUGGUGUUUGUUCAUAGGAGUGGGAGAACUGAUCUGGGGUCAGGUAAUUGCUUCUGUACCAACGAAUCAGCUAAAGUUUCUGAAGGAGGCAGGGCUUGGCCCAGCGGCUGAUGAUAUCACCGACGAGGAUCUGGCAGAGGAUGAGGAAGAGAUUGAUCAUGCAGAGCGAGAGCUCAGACGAGGACAAAUUCUCUGGUUCAGGGGACUAAACCGCAUCCAGACGCAGAUGGAGGUAGUCAGCACGUUUAAGCGCAGUGGCUCGUUUCAGGGUGCCGUCCGCCGCCGCUCCUCAAUCCUCAGCCAGCUACAUGACAUCCGAGUGGUGAGAACAUUGCACAGCUCUCUAUACGACGGAAUGGAAAAAUCCGACCUUCGAAGCCGGUGCGAGUUCCAGGCCCCGCCUGAGUUCAUCAUCUCCGACGUCGGAUGCAGGAUCCCGCUGAUUGACGAGACGGAUGUAGACGACCAAUCGGAACGCUCCGAUUACAACUACGCGACUCAACAUCAGCGUAAGAGUCCGUCACGCUACCCUCACCGCCAGCACAGUCUCCCCGUGAAGCUCAACUGCAACAACAACACGUCCGAGAGACGGGUGUGUGUCUGAGACUGGAGGUCAAAGGUUACCUGGCCUGCGGCGCAACGAGUUGCAGGAAGGAGAUUUUAUAGAAUGAGGUUUUAUAUAAAGUAUUUAAAUUAAUUUCUGUUUAUUUUAAAGACCUGUAAAACUUUCUUUGCCUUGGAAUGUCACACCUUACACGCUGAACAUGUUGAAUUUAUUUAAAUAUAAAUAAAUAAUAUAAUAUAAUAUAAUAUUAUAUAAUUAAUGGCAUUUUUUCAUUGAUAAAGUUAUUGUUCUGAUCAAUAUUAGUUAUUUCCAAUAGAAUUCCAUGUCAAUUAGAUGCUUAAUGCAUUAGCUUUAUAUACUCGUGUAUGUGUGUGUCUGUGUGUCUGUGUUUGUGUGUCUUUGUUUGUGUGUGUGUGUAUGUGUGUGUGUGCGUGUAAUAUAUUACUUGCUAGUAUUGCCUGUCUGUGUUCAUUCGUCCUUGCAGUCUUGUGUUUCAGAUUUUUGCUUUUUUUGUGAAUUUGUUGUAUAUUAGGAAUAGAACUAAAGCAAACGAAAUGAAAGACGCUGCACGUGAGGGUUAUUUCACGCUGAUGGAUGUUUUUUCUGUCUCUCUUUUUACGGAGAAAGUGAGAGAUAGAGGAAUUUUUGGAGAGGCGUAUCAUGUUGUAUGUGUUUGCUUUCUGGUUUUCUAGGAAGUCUAUAUUUUCUAUGAUUAUGAUUAUCAUUUUUGCGUUUCAGGAAGCACACACUGUCUCACCAUUACUGCUGUGUUCAUUGUGUGUUCGAGCAUAAUUCAAAUAUAUUUUACAGAA